AUGACAAGCCCCCAACUCGUUUUCUCAGAGAACACUCCCGUCCUCUCUGGACAGAAUAAUGCAUUACCAGGAGAACAAUAUUACCGUACGGGAUUCGAACCGGUGCGAAAUGACGACCCCGAGCAGUUAAAGUCCGAGAUUGGGCCGUUGGAAAUAAGUAGGAGAACUCGGUGGACCGUAUUAGCUGGAGCAUGGCUGGCAAAUUUCCUUGUGGUGAUGACCCUCGUCGCAACCCUAGUAAGCUCCAUCUCGAGCGACUUCAAAUCUUCCCAUCAAGGAGGGUGGCUCGGUACAAGCUACCUUUUGGCAACCUGUUCCUUCAAUCCGCUCUAUGGGAGAUUAUGUGACGCGAUGGGACGAAGAGGUGCUAAUCAAACCGCUCUCGUCCUCCACGCCCUUGGCAUAUUGGGAUGUGGUCUCUCGAGGAAUAUGAACACGUUGAUUGCGGCUCGUUUCCUGGCUGGGAUUGGUGGAGGAGGUCUGGCUACCACUAGUCAGAUCAUUGUUUCGGACAUGUAUAGCGUUAGGGAGCGUGGUCUCGCCACUGGAGUAGCUUCAGUUUUCAAUGGGUUGGGUACAGGUAUGGGCGGUCCCCUGGGAGGUUGGAUAAACGAUUGGCUGGGCUGGAGAUGGGCGUUCCUCAUCCAACUUCCUUUUUUCACGAUAUCUUCUUUACUCACUUGCUCCUCCCUCACCUACGUCGUACCUGGAAAGAGAACGGAUCGUACAUGGGAGGCUCUGAAAGGCGUAGAUUAUGCUGGAUGUUUGUGUCUCUUAGGCGGGAUGGGAUCAUUUUUAGUUUUCCUUUCUCUACAUUUCAAUGGCGAUACACCCUUGUCUGAUCCAUUGGUCCUUGCGUCAAUCGGAUUCGCCAUCGCUUUCGCCAUCCUAUUCCUCCUCGUCGAGUUUCGCAUAGCAAAAGCGCCCGUUCUCCCUUCAUGGUUGCUCAAAAGGCGUAUUCCAUUACUCGUCGGCAUCUCCAACAUCCUCGUUCCACAGUGCAACUUUGCUGUGAUGUACUUUUAUCCGUUAUGGUUCCAGAGUGUACAGUUAUCCUCGAGUUCGGAGGCUGGCGCUCAUCUGUUUCCGAAUGCCAUGGCUGCAUCUCUUGGAUCACUCUUUGCAGGGUGGACGAUCAGGAAGACUGGGAAGUACAAAAUGUUGAUUACCAUCUUUGGAAUUUGUCCUACCAUUGCUGCCUUCCUCAUCGCCAAUCUUCAAAUGGAUUCUAGUCCCUGGGCUCAAUGGUUCAAUAUCAUACCUCUCGGGUUUGGAAAUGCAGUGGUGCUGCAAACGACUUCAGUCGCUCUCCUAGCUUCUGUUGCAGUUCAGCGCAUAGCCGUCACGACUGGCUAUGCUUCGUUGUUUCGGGGUAUUGGACAAGCAUCUUCCGUCGCAAUAUCCUCUGCUAUCUUUCAAACCAAACUUCUUUCCGAGCUCCGAUCGCGAAUACAUGGACCCGAUGCCGAAAAUAUCGUCGAGAGGAUCCGUCAUUCUGCUAGGCUCGUCGCCUCGCUUCCUCCGAAUUUGCAGCAGUCCGCUCGAGAGGCGUAUGCGAUCAGUUUGAAAGCAGUUUUCUUUUAUGCUGCUCUUUGCACGUUCACCGCUUUCGUGGUUCGGCUUAUGAUACCGGAGAUUUCACUAGAUCGCAAACCCAAAACAAUGGGCUCAAACGUCAGAUAGCUAGAUAGGAUAUGAUCCUGGAACUUGCAUUAGAGUAACUCCACCUGUUCGUCGGAAAUUCAACGGGAACUUAUGUUUAAUGGUUUCGAUCUACCUUGAUGCGACUACUGUCGAUGGCCCUUAUUGCAGUUUUAUCGGACAGUUUUUAUUGCGUCGCUGCGCUAGAUAAAAGCACGGCUAUCUUUGCCUUUCAUUCCCUCAGUUCUCGUUUAUGAGUCUUGAAGUGUCCCUUUAUUUUUACGAUUAGGUAUCUUUACUCACUAUGAUCUCAUUGUGUAAUACGCGUUCGUAUAGUUAUUAUAACGCCCGUUUAUAUAGAUGAUAAAUACAAGGUGAC